UGCGGCGUGUGGCCUUUUCCCUCCGUCGCGGGCACGAGUGCAGCCUCACAUCGGCGCGGGGCUUCCCACCCGGCCACCCGUAUCCCAGCGCCCACCCCCGCGUGGCCUGUUGGCACAGGCAGGACCAGGCCGGACUCGGUGCCGUCCCCGCCCCUGGGUCGGACGCGGGUCGGGGCAGGCCAGGUCUGGUCUCCGGUGUCUGCGGCCGGGCCUCGGCUCCCCUUUUUGCCAGGCUCUACCCGGCCGGGCCGAGCGCCCCUCGCGGGCCCAUUGUGAGGUCAGGACCGGCGGGCGCGCCCUGGCACCCUGGCCCAGACGCCGGGAGCGGCUGCUACAGCGGUAGCGGCCCCUUCACCGCCGGCCCCUUCACCGGCUGCCCGGCUCAGACCUAGUCGGGAGGGGCGCGAGGGAUGCAGCUGGGGGCCCAGCUCCGAUGCCGCACCCCGUAAAGGGCUGAUCUUCCACCUCGCCACCUCAACCACCGGACGCCAAGGCCGCAGCCAGCUCAGUGCUUGUGAAACUGAACACCACAAAAGUAUGGAUAUGGGAAACCAACAUCCUUCUAUUCGUAGGCUUCAGGAAAUCCAAAAGGAAGUAAAAAGUAUAGAACAGCAAGUUGUCGGCUUCAGUGGUCUGUCAGAUGACAAGAAUUACAAGAAACUGGAGAGGAUUCUCACAAAACAACUUUUUGAAAUAGACUCUGUAGAUACUGAAGGAAAAGGAGAUAUUCAGCAAGCCAGGAAGAGGGCAGCACAGGAGACAGAACGUCUUCUCAAAGAGUUGGAGCAGAAUGCAAACCACCCACACAGGAUUGAAAUACAGAACAUUUUUGAGGAAGCCCAGUCCCUCGUGAGAGAGAAAAUUGUGCCAUUUUAUAAUGGAGGCAACUGCAUAACGGAUGAGUUUGAAGAGGGCAUCCAGGACAUCAUUCUGAGGCUGACACAUGUGAAAACUGGAGGAAAGAUCUCCUUGCGGAAAGCAAGGUAUCAUACUUUAACCAAAAUCUGUGCCGUGCAAGAGAUUAUCGAAGACUGCAUGAAAAAGCAGCCUUCCCUGCCGCUCUCUGAGGAUGCACACCCUUCUGUUGCCAAAAUCAACUUUGUGAUGUGUGAGGUGAACAAGGCCCGAGGGGUCCUGAUCGCGCUUCUGAUGGGCGUGAACAGCAGCGAGACCUGCAGGCACUUAUCUUGUGUGCUCUCCGGGCUGAUGGCCGACCUGGAUGCUCUGGAUGUGUGUGGCCGGACAGAAAUCAGAAAUUAUCGGAGGGAGGUAGUAGAAGAUAUCAACAAAUUAUUGAAAUACCUGGAUUUAGAAGAGGAAGCAGACACUACUAGAGCCUUUGACCUGAGGCAGAAUCAUUCCAUUUUAAAAAUAGAAAAGGUCCUCAAGAGAAUGAGAGAAAUAAAAAAUGAACUCCUCCAAGCACAGAACCCCCCUGAAUUGUAUCUGAGCUCCAAAACAGAAUUGCAGGGUUUGAUUGGACAGUUGGAUGAGGUAAGUCUCGAAAAAAACCCCUGCAUCCGAGAGGCCAGGAGAAGAGCAGUGAUAGCAGUGCAAACUCUGAUCACGUAUAUUGACUUGAAGGAGGCCCUUGAGAAAAGAAAGCUGUUUGCUUGUGAGGAGCACCCAUCCCAUAAAGCCGUCUGGAACGUCCUUGGAAACUUGUCCGAGAUCCAGGGAGAAGUGCUUUCAUUUGAUGGAAAUCGAACCGAUAAGAACUACAUCCGGCUGGAAGAGCUGCUCACCAAGCAGCUGCUAGCCCUGGAUGCUGUCGACCCGCAGGGAGAGGAGAAGUGUAAGGCCGCCAGGAAACAGGCUGUGAAGCUUGCCCAGAACAUUCUCAGCUAUCUCGACCUGAAAUCCGAUGAGUGGGAGUACUAAAAUACCAGAGAUCUCACUUUUGAUAUUGUUUUGCACUCUUCAUAUAUACUUCUAUGUAUCGAGAGCUUCUAGUUCAUUGAGCCCAACUGUGAUUUAUACAUGCAUAUUUCAAUCUCAGUAUUUAUGAUUCAAGCAAAUUCUAUUCAGUAUCUGCUGCUUUUGAUGUUGCAAGACAAAUAUCAUUACAACACAUUAACUUUUCCAUUCGGAUCAUUA